ACAAAGAGUCCAUCUUCGGCCAAAAUAAUCUCAAAAAAUGAUAAUGAAAAAUGGUUCCAUAUCUCUUUGUUUCUUCCUCUUUUUUCUUGGUGUUUCAUCAGCUCAUCACUUCACUCCAUUUUUCCCUUCUUCUUUAACCAAUACCAUUCAACCUUCAACUCUAAAUCAGAAGCUAAUUUCUCUUUCUACAACUACAAAUAAACUUUACAAAGAAAAGUUUUUCACUCAAACACUUGACCACUUCAAUUUCAAUCCAAACAGUUACCAAACUUUCCAACAAAGAUAUUUAAUCAAUGACACUUAUUGGGGUUCAUCCCCAAAUUCUCCAAUCUUUUUGUAUACAGGAAAUGAAGGAGAGAUUGAAUGGUUUGCUCAAAAUACUGGUUUUAUGUUUGAUAAUGCACCCAAGUUUAAAGCUCUUCUUGUUUUCAUUGAGCAUAGAUAUUAUGGAAAAUCAGUGCCAUUUGGAGGUGAUAAAGAAGUUGCAUAUAGCAAUGCAAGUAAUCUUGGUUACUUGACUUCAACCCAAGCAUUAGCUGAUUAUGCAACUCUCAUUACUGACCUAAAGAACAAUUUGUCUGCAACUGACUCUCCUGUUGUAGUUUUUGGAGGUUCCUAUGGAGGAAUGCUGGCAGCAUGGUUUAGGUUAAAAUAUCCUCAUGUGAGCAUCGGAGCAUUGGCAUCUUCGGCACCAAUUCUUGGCUUCAUAAAUAUGACUUCACCCUAUAGUUUCAGCAACAUUAUCACUCAAGACUUUAGGAGUGAGAGUGAGAAUUGCUACAAAGUGAUAAAAGGAGCAUGGCAACAAAUUGAAGCUACUGCGAAGCAACACGGAGGCCUUGAAAAACUCCGCAAAUCCUUCAAAAUAUGCAAGAACUAUAUUAGUGCAGAUUCUCUAGAGAACUGGCUAUCAACUGCAUUGGUCUACUCAGCAAUGACGGAUUAUCCAACCCCAUCUAAUUUCUUAAAUCCCUUGCCAGCUUACCCUGUCAAACAGAUGUGCAAGGUGAUUGAUGAUCCAACGACCGGUUAUGAUACGUUUGCAAAGUUGCACGCUGCGGCUAGUAUUUACUACAACUCAACUGGAACUGCUACGUGUUUUGAUCUUAACGAUGAUUCUGAUCCUCAUGACCUUGGUGGAUGGACGUGGCAGGCAUGCACAGAGAUGAUACUGCCAACAGGAGGCAGCAAUGAAGAGAGCAUAUUUCCAGCUUCAAAAUGGGAUUAUAAUGAUAGAGUUCAUUACUGCAAACAACGUUUUGAUAUUGAACCUAGACCCUAUUGGAUUUCUACUCAGUUUGGUGGCCAUAAUAUUAGGAUAGCUUUGAAAAGAUUUGCAAGUAAUAUUAUCUUCUUUAAUGGCUUAAGAGACCCUUGGAGUGGAGGAGGGGUGCUACAAGAUAUAUCCAAAAGCAUAGUUGCUUUAGUGGAAGAAAAAGGAGCUCAUCAUGUGGACUUGAGAUUUGCAAGUAGUGAAGAUCCAAUAUGGCUUAAAGAAGUUAGGGGAAAAGAGGUGAAGAUUAUUGCACAAUGGCUCUCACAAUACUACCAAGAUUUGGCCCAUUUAUCUUCCUAAAUUUUACAAACCCACUGUUUUAUCCUUUCUUUUCCAUUUCACCAAAAGAAAAUUGACAAAGUUUAAUUGAUAUUGCUCACUUCUUAGAAAAUUCUAAUAUUUAUUAGACCCAUUAUUUUUCUUGGCA